AUGGACAGGGAUCUGGUGCAACGCUGUCCCCCCGAGGAAACUCUCCACACCAGAAAGCACGAAGGAUUUCGGAUCGGUAAAGCAGCAGAAAAGCUCGACGAUGAACUCAACACGUACAUCGCGACCUACGCCAAGGCAGAAUGCAUGACACUAGCCACGCUGUUCCAAAGCAAACUACCACGAGAACUGCGAGACAUGGUGUACGCCCAUCUACUGCCGCGGGAGACUUACAUCGUCGGGCGCCGUGAUCGCAACGUUCAAUGGCUCCACUCCCUACGGCAGAACAGUUGCGAUCAUCUCUUCGUGCAUGGAUACAUCCCGCUCGACACCAUGAAAGAGGUUAGCGAGAUGUGGUACGAGGUGUCGACAUUCAUCGUCCUCGGCUUCCCCUUCGGGCGUGGUAGCAACCCCAAACGCGCUUCAGCUGCCUUGGACUUCCUCCUCCACGACAGAUGGGGUCUGGACAUCGAUGUGCGCCAGCACAUUAAACACAUCUAUAUCCGCCUCGAAUAUACCGGGGACGUGUAUGGAAACGUUACCCAACUUGCCGCGAACCUCCGGAGACUGCUAUCACUAAGAGCGGAUGUGCGGGUCGUCGUACAAUUUCAAUGUACACAAAAGUUCUCCUCGACGGUGACAGGGCAGCAAGUGAAAGAGCUUGUGACGAAGCUUCAAAUGGUUUUCCCUGUCCUGGAGGAAUUCGUCAAUGGGGGAAAGAGAGUUAUGGUCAACGUGAAAGGCUAUAAUGUGUUCGACGUCAAGGUUGAAAAGCUGAACGCUCAGAGUUGGAUCAGUCAGUUGACCAAAGUGCUCUCAGACAAGGAUUUGCCUGUUCUACAGCUAUAA